AUGGAGGCAGUGGAUGCUGUAAACGGAACGCUGGCUGCGAUGAGGGCAGAAUUUCAAGAAAGGAUGGCGAAAUUUGAAGCUGGGCAUAGCGGUACGCCAUCCAAACUUGCAUCUGGCGGCACCUCAAGCUUGGCACAGGACUACUGGGCAUUCAAGCGGUUCAUUUUUGAUGCACUUGAGUGUCUGCAACGGCAGAUGGAUUUCUUUGUUCGGGACAUGGAUGCGUUGGAGAUGAGAGGCCGUAGAAAGAUGCUCUUGAUCCACGGAGUCCCUGAGAACAAGAAUGAAAACACAGCAAUGGUGGUUGCAAGCAUGGUCCAGGAGAAGCUAAAAGUGGAUAGCUUCACUACCUCUGACGUCCGUAGAUGUCACCGGGUGGGCAGCUUCCCCGGCAAGACAAAACCCAGACCCAUACUGGUCAAGAUGCAGGAUGUAGAUACCCGUGACAAGGUCUGGUACAAUAAGACCAAACUAAAGGGCACGGGUAUCACAAUAUCGGAGUUCCUGACGAAGACACGUCACCAGGUCUUCAUGGCAGCGCGGAAUAGGUUUGGUGUGGCGAACUGCUGGACUAGAGCGGGCCACAUCUACGUCCUGGGACCGGAUGGCGUCAGGCACCGCAUUGCGAGUCUCACUGAAUUGCGUGCGAUUGGCGAGCCCGCAGCAGUUCCCGAGCAGUCUCCUGCAGCAGUCCCCGAGCGAUCUCCUGCGGCAGUGGCACGGAGAGGGAAGCGCGGCGCCACUAAAAAGUGA